GCGCAGUCAGUCAGUCGCGACUCGCGAAGGCGGCGCGCGCAUCGACCGUCGCCGAUACCACGGAGGAUAUAAAAAAAAUCGUAUUCGAUUUUCGAAUCUAAUCGUGUGAAUGUGACAUUACUAAAUAUUAUUUAAUCACCAGCCAGUGUUAAAAACAACCAUAGACACGAGUGAUUUUUUUUAUUUACUUUUUUUUUUGUUGUUUUUUUGUUUAAUUUUAUUGGUUGGUUAUUGUUUGUGCCUUAUUGGAAUGCGUGGAAAUCGUUCACGCACGAGCGGUUCGGAAGACUAUGGAGUGAACCCACCAGCCUGCGGGUAUUUUAAUAAUGAAAAUAAUGCGAUAAUAAGUAAACAUAACGGUAACGCAACACAAAUGUUAAAAACAAAACAAUAAACGCAGUCGAACAAUGAAUCGUGAUUAUUACAAAGUGAUGUACACUAACAAGAACAGCAAUCGCAAUGUGAUGGACACUCGUGACGUGCUCGACAACGAUACGGAGUUCAACGCCAAUCGGUUCAAAUUGUACGACGAUUUCGCGACCGACCUCCGCUUCAACUUUAGCGCCUUGAGGAACUUCCACGAGGUUGUCAGAAGUGAUGGUUAUAGACGCAGGGGUGACCCCAACGACUCUGGCGUCGACGUAGAGAACGGCAACCCUUUGGAUGACACGACCGCGUCUAACGAUAGCGAUCUGUUGGAGAACGAAGUUAUGGUAGAUACCUGGAGCAGUAUGGACUCAUCUAAUUCUCCAUUGACUGACUCCGGACCCUCCGCCAGCGACGACUGCCCCCCUUCCACGUCCAAUGAACCCCCCCGGAGGCCUGUACAGGCCUCUUCUCCCAUCGCGCCGGAUACGCGCUGCACAGCGGACCCAAAAGACACCAAAUCCAAAUAUCCUAAAAAUGUGAUACCCAAAACGGACAAAGCGCGUACCCGAGAUCUCACCCUGGACUUCGAUAAUAUAGAUUCCGAACAUAUCCCCCGGCGGCCGCACUUCCUCGACGACGACUACCACCUGCCCUCUAAAUCGAAUAUAGAAUGUCGCAUCCCAAAGCCACACUUCCUCGAUCACUCUCCUUCGCCGGAUGAAUUCGAUGAACGUAGUGACAUCACCAACCCCAACUUCCUCGACGAUGAAGUGGACGGCGACGACAAUCAAGCACAAAAGAAAGCAGGCGCAUUCCCGAAGCGGCCGAACAAAAUUCAGUCUUCCAAUUACACAUCUCAAGAAGACAGACCGCACAGAACUAAUUACAGGAGUACUCUGCACUAUGGAUUGGAAAGUGCAGCUAGAUCGAGCGAGCGCGAUAAACGGGCGUCCCAACUCUAUAGAGGGACGUGGCCCGGGGAACGCGACGUGUGGACAGCACACGAUUCUUCAAGUGUACGUAGUUUUUCCAGCAACGGUUCGGAUUGCGCUAGGCCGUCAUCUAAUUUAGAAAACAAAAUGGAGUGUGUAUGCUCUCUAAUUUCUCUUCUUAGUCUUUCCCCUGAAAAUAAUGCUGACCUCAGCGGACCAUUGUUAGAUAUGAGCAGAUCCGUCGAGAGCUGCGUAGCGAUGAGGCAAGCGGGGUGUAUUCCUUUAUUGGUUCAACUGAUCCAUUCAAAAGUGUCAAGAGAGACUAGAGAUCGUGCAGCUAAGGCGCUCCGUAACAUAAUUCACACACAGACUGAUGACAAGGCUGGCAGGAGAGAAGCGAGAGUGUGGAGACUGUUAGAACAAGUUAGAGAAUAUUGUUAUGUACUCGAAGAUUUAGUAGAAGCACGUAAGGAAGGAAAAGAAGCGAUAGAAGAUGACGUUACCAAACACCCUAGUCAAAGCGUGGCUGCCUUAAUGAAGUUGUCUUUCGACGAGGAGCAUCGACACGUGGUAUGUCAAUUAGGAGGAUUGCAAGCUCUAGCGGCAUUAGUAAGCGGAGACCAAGCCGCGCAUGGAAGCAGAACUGACGACAAUACAUGUUUGACGAUGAGGAAAUACGCUGGUAUGACGUUAACCAAUCUAACGUUUGGAGAUGGCAACAAUAAAUCGUUAUUAUGCUCAUUCAAAGACUUCAUGUUAGCACUGGUUGAACAACUGGAGUCACCGAAUGACGAUAUGAGACAGGUCACUGCAGCGGUUCUCAGAAAUCUAUCGUGGAGAGCCGACACUAACAGCAAGCAAGUCUUGAGAGAAGUAGGCGCCGUGAAAGGUCUAACAAAAGCUGCUAUGACUUGCCAAAAAGAAGCUACUCUGAAAUCUGUUCUCUCUGCACUUUGGAAUCUUACAGCUCAUUGCUCCAUGAACAAAGUGGCUCUAUGUUCUGUUGAUGGAGCUCUGGGUUUUCUGGUAGAUAUGCUCAGUUACAAUUCCCCGACUAAGACGUUGGCAAUAGUGGAAAACGCAGGUGGUAUUAUGCGAAAUGUGUCCAGUCACAUCGCAGUUCGCGAAGAUUACAGACAAAUUCUCCGGGAGAGAAAUUGUUUAAGUGUCUUGCUUCAGCACCUCAAAUCCCCCAGCCUUACAGUAGUUAGCAAUUCGUGCGGUACUCUGUGGAAUCUGUCGGCCAGAUGUCCCCAAGACCAACAGUUUCUGUGGGACCACGGGGCAGUACCAAUGCUUCGGAGUUUAAUACAUUCUAAACACAAAAUGAUCGCCAUGGGAUCGAGCGCAGCAUUGAAAAACUUACUUAAUUCUAAACCUGGAAAGACGCAUAUCAUUUCACUGGAUACGACGGCGAGAAGUAUGAAUUUACCCGCUCUACCGACCUUAGGGGCGAGAAAGCAGAAAGCGUUGGAGCAAGAACUAGACCAAAAUUUAGCUGAAACUUGUGAUAAUAUCGAACCAGCCACUUCUCCUUCCACAAGUAACAGAGAAGAAAAGAACCUCUUCACGGCGACCGAGAGACAAAUCGCCAUGAAUUUAGAAAGGCACAGAAUGACUUCCAGCUCACCGCUUAUGGGGAAUCUUUCAUCGCAAAUAUCCUUAAGUCACAGUGCACAUUUGGCCAGCUACCUCAGCUGCAGUAAUACACUCCUGAAAGGAGCACUGGUGUCUCGGUCUUCGGAAGGAAGUUCUACGAAUGUUAAUAGAUCUGAAAGCAAAGAUUCCGUAACGAGCACUCACUCGGAUUCAGUGUUCGAAAGGGGCGUGCGCACAGGAAAAGUUCCCGUCCCCACGCCGAGAAGUAAAGACUUGAUGAAGAUGGACACUGGAAGCGAUACCUUCAACGGCUCCAAGACCUUAUCUAAAGACGCCACAUACCUUCGUUAUACAGGCCAGCCGCCCAUUCCACCUCCAAGAAGUUCGACCGAUAUGAGAACAAAUUAUACAGAAUCUGGUUACGACGUCGACCAGGAUUCUUGCGACCAACCAAUCGAUUUCAGCAGGAAAUAUUCCGAAACCAAAACCGAGUCUGAGCCUGUAGAGAAACCUAAAACGGAAGCUAAAAAGUAUACCAAAAAGGAGCCGAACACUUUCGGAGAUUACCAAGAGACCGAUCUAGAUCAACCGACCGAUUACUCUUUGCGUUACGCGGAACAUCAAUCGGAGACCGGCUCGGACAUCUCAGAACCUCCCGCGCCGUCAGUUCACGAGGACACAAUCAAACACUUCGCAACAGAAGGCACGCCGUACGAAACGCCGAUAAUAUUUUCCACGGCCACGUCUAUGUCUGAUCUCCGUAUAAUCGGCAAAGACGGUAAACCGAAAACAUCAAGCGUGAAGGAGCAUCCUGAAGUGAUGACCCAUUCAGACGAGAAAGACACUUGUUCUAUAGAAGAUCCUCCGAGACACGACAAUGACAUCGCUAUUUCUACACCACCUACAGCCUCAAUUUCCGAACCCAUUGUUGAAAAACGAGGUGUUUUCGACACUAAAUUCAGUUCGGGAAUGAUAAGUCCGGAGAAGCCUGUAAACUACUGCGACGAAGGCACGCCGGGGUACUUCUCCAGAGUUAGUUCACUGAGCAGCUUGGGCGAGCCGACUGAAGAGGAUAGCUUGGCUAAGAAGAACGCGCGAGCUUCCAUCAACGUUGAGCCGAGUCCACAAGAGCAGAGUACCAGCAGUUCUGGAAAGGAUAAAGAAGGCUCAAAAGCGGUAACGUUCGCCCAGGAGCCCGUGUCCAUCGCGCAGGAAGCUUCAGGCGCGGCGUCGCCGCAGCGGUUCAUAGAGGACACGCCACUCAUGUUCUCGCGCUCCAGCUCCCUGGGCUCGCUGCCCGAGUGCUCGCAGCAGGACGACCAGGGCUCCGUGGUGUCUGAAGUCAGUCGCCUGACAUCGGGCUGCAUAUCUCCGAGUGAGAUUCCGGACUCACCCGGACAGAGCGUCCCGCUGUCGCCGCGCUCCAGGCACGCGCCCGCCGUGGUGAGGACUGCGCCCACCACGCCACCUCUAGCGGAGGGGGUCAACAUAUCGGUGUUCGACGAGCGCCCGGCGCGCUUCGUGGUGGAGCACACGCCGGCGCAGUUCUCCGCCAACACCAGCCUCUCCAGCCUCACCAUCAACGACGAGCCCAAGGUGAGCUGCAACUGUGCCCACCACCCCAACGUGUCGCCGCUCGACGAGCGCCCGGCGCGCUUCGUGGUGGAGCACACGCCGGCGCAGUUCUCCGCCAACACCAGCCUCUCCAGCCUCACCAUCAACGACGAGCCCAAGUUGCCUUUGCUACUGGAGGACAUAACGAAGGAGUCAAAUUCAGAAAUGACAUCUCCACCAACUGAAGACGUCCCAAACAGUUCCCACGGUGAUGACGUGAAUUCGCCACCAGAGAUGCCCUCUACUAAUGAAGUCAACGACAGCAAAGAUUCAUGCGGCGACUGGGAGUCCACGGGCGGCAUCCACUCGUCGGACAGCGACGCGGCCAGCGACGGCGAGCUGCUGCAGCAGUGCAUACAGAAGGGCAUCAUGCAGGUGGUGAAAAACAAAGGGCCACCCUCUGACGUGUCAUCCGUGAAUCCGUUUAGAGAUGACAUCUAUAGGUCGCUGCCGCCGUACCUGCGCUCGUCGACGGAGACCGUCAUGAUGUCGCGCGACUUCGGGAGAAAUGUCCGGGAAAGCAGCAGUCCGCUGCCGCCGCCGCUGCCGCCCAAGGUGCGCAACCCCGAGGCGCCGCCCAGACCUCCGCCCAUGGAAGAUCAUCCACUACUAGAAGGUCGCAGACAUGAAAGUCGGCAAUUAGAAAAGACCCACCGCGAGAGGCCGAAACUGCCCACAGCGCAGCACCUCAUCAGGAACGACUCCCUCAGCUCCCUCAGCCUGGAUUCCUUCGGUUCCACUGAUCGAGAGAUAUUCGAGGAGACCGUCAAAGCUGGACUCUCGAGCGUCAACCCGAGAGCGGAAUUCGACCUCGACAGCAAAGGUAAGGCGCACUCGGUGGAGAGGAAAACCGAAGUGACUAGACAGGGCAGACACCACAAAUCGCUAGACAGAAGCGACAAAAUCUCCCAUCGCGGCCCCAAAGUGAGAGACCCGGAGUUCGAGAGAAAUCUCGCUUCCGGAGCGUACAGCAUCAAGUCUACCAGCAAAGUUAAGAAGUUGGAAGAGCUGGCUAACGUCUCUAGAUCGCCUUACUCCUACCACGGAGAGUCGAUGCAUCACUCGAGAUUUAAACACCAUUCUCGAUUUUACGACGACGGCCCUCCCAGUUUACCGGCCAGGAUAGACGAUCCGCGGCGAUUAGAGAGGAGUAACUCCCUCAGCUCUCUGAGCAACGACUCGUUUGGGUCCACCGACAAGGAGGUGUUCGAACGGUGCGUGCGUAUGGGGAUGUCGAAACCUCAGCCGAAAAAACGUGACGAGAAAUUGAGGGUACGGAGCGAUGACAGGUUGGAAAUCCGGGAAUCCCAUCGCAGGCGACGCAAAGAUACGAAGCAGGGGGCAUUGGAUAAGAUGGUGGGCGAAGAGUACAGCAAGGAUAGGGCGAUUCUAGAGGAGGUCAUAGCGCGGGGGGCGGGGGAAAUCAAACCCGGGGAGGCGGGUAAUCAAAAAGGCCAGUCAAAAAACGUUCCGGCGCCGUCUGCGGUUCUCGCGGCCGCAGACGCGCGCGCCGACAACGCGCGAGGCAACACUGGCUCUGAUUACGACUCCGCCAUCGACAGCACCAUCGAGAUCACGCUGAACGAUUCCAACGUGUCGAUAUUCGAUCGCUCCAACGAAAUGGCGACUAUCGAUUCCGGAAACACAACACUAGAAUCCGACAGCAAUGAAAUGGAUCACUCCAACGAAUGUUUAGCUCCCAAAUCCUGUAACACGACCGUCGAGUCUGAAAGGGACGAGCUAAACAGAUCCAAUGAAUCGUACGCCGACGUUCUAGACGGUUCUUGGAGUGACGAGGAAGAAAAAUCUAAAGAUUACGACGUUGCGACACUGACUAGGAAAAACAAACAUAAGCUUGAAUGGACAGACAUUAAAUGUACAGAUAGUCAGAUGAACUUUGACGAUUUGUCCAAGAAAAGUAACGAGAAUGAUACGUGGAAUGAAAACACUUGUCCCGAUGACGUCACGUUCCCGACCAUAAGCGGUUCCGUCCACUUGGUUUCGUCCUUGAGAAGCGAAAUCGUGGACGCCGCCAUGGCGCUCCCUGAUUUACUAGAAAAGACUGAGGUUCCGAAAAUGUUCUCUAAACUUGAUUUGACCGAUAAACUUGAUGGAGAUUUAGUCACGAGCGACGAUGGAAAGGCGGACGACAAAUUAAUGUUAGAGAACGUUCCGGAGCCAAGUUUCACGUCGCUAGUCGACGACGGUGAACAGAAAUUCGAUUCAAUUUUGUCCUCUGCUAUAGAAAAAGAGGCAGCCAGACUAGCGGCUCAAUUGAAGAAUGCGCAAUUCGCUAUGGACCAUAGUGCUACGUCUCUCACGUCUAUGGAUUUAGAUAACGUCAAACCGCCUUCGAAUCUAGGGAGUUUGCUCUCACUCAGUGCGUCAGGUCAUUGGGACGAGUCGCAAUCCCAAAGUUCUAAAAAAUCACAGAAGAGUCGAAAGAAAUCUUUGCCUGUAGCUUUAAUGGUGAAGCGAGCUCUGAGCAAUUCGAUGCACCAAGGAAGCUCUGAACACCUCGACAGUCUUUCUCUGAGUUUCCUAGAUAAUGUAAAGCCGCCCUCCGAAAUGGAACACAUCGACAUGAGCGGAAGCAUGGUGUCGGUGUCGAGUAUUGUUUCCGAGGUGGCCGAAACGAGAGAUAGUAAGACGCCAAUCAUAUUCGACUUCAAACAGCCAGUGCAAGACUUCCCCCUCUGCACUACUUUCACGAGUGUCUUCCACGAUUUAGACAAAGUCAAUCCUCCAUCUUUGUUCGACGAAAUGGCGGAAUCGACGCUAGAACUCGAACCGACGACAGCUCAUAAUAUUUACGAUGAUUGUAUAUCGAACACUUUGAACGUUAUAACCGAUAUUCCGUCGGGCUCCGAAACCUGUACGCCUCUGCCUUCCGACAUAAGCAGCGUAGAAUCCACGCCGAAGAGACAACGGGAUCAAAAGUAUUUAACACCAAAAGAAAAAAGAAUUGCAGCCAAACACAGAUACCAGACUUACACCAUCACAGACACGGUGUCGGAGAGUGAUGUGGUCUUGGAAGUGGAGAAAGAAGAAUUUGUGACGUGGACUAAAUCUGAAAGUGAUAAAUCAGACGAAUACGUGACGGCCACUUCUGAACCGAAAACGAAGAGACGGCUCAGUGCGAAACAGAGAAGAAUGGAAGAUAGAUCGCGUUAUCAAACACAAACUGUCGAUAUUCAAAAUAUUCUCAGUUCGCAAGAGGCGUCCCAGUCCGUAGACCAGCCGAAUCCGCAUAUAGAAAGUCUAAAACAACGGUUGGCUGCGAAGAAAACGUUAAAGCAGAGACGCAUAGAAGACGCUGAAAGGUUUAGAACCAGAACGUUAAGCGAGGACAUACCACCCUCACCGACGUUCGUCACUAAAGAUGCAAAUUUCGAAAACCUCGAGACAACUACGGGUUACGAUAGCUUAUCCUCUAACGAGCUAAAUCAUCAGCAAAUACUCGAUGACCGACAAAGUGACGACGUAUUCAGAGAUGUGGACAGCGGGCACAACGAAGAUGACUUUGAAUUGAAUUCUGCGCAAUUGAAAACGUAUACGAAGAGUUUUAGAAAUUAUUUACCAGUUAUAGAAAGUCCUGCAGCCGUCGACAUGUGCGUCGUAAACAAUUUGAAAAACAUAGAAAUGACUGCGUCUUACAGACGAACGCUGCAGUCAGAUAAGAGCCAACAUCCGAGCAGCAGCGACUUCGCCAGUUACGAGGGCGACAGCAAUUCGGAAGACAAAGUACAUUCAGAGUCUGACUCGGAAACGCCGUCUUCUAGGCCGAAACCGAAAAUAAUCAAACCCGAGAGAAGAGACGAAAGUCUGGACUCGAAUGAUUCCGGUGAAAAAGAACACGAAGCACCGAAAGUCGUCCGAGGUCGAAAAAAAGCUAUGUACGUCUCACCUUACAGAAGAACCGCGCCGAGUCCAAAAAAACCGCUAACGCCACCGGCGAAAACAUCGCCGAAGUCUAGCAUAGCUAUAAAACCGAGUACAAGUUCCUCUAAAGCUCACACCAGUGCCAAACCACCGCCAAAAACUACCCCAGCGACGAAAACGAGCGCCAACACUUCGCCUAAGAAAACUGCACUAAACAAAUCACCAUCAAAACUUUCUCCAAAACCGACAACACCUCCGGUCGUCUCCAAACCAAUACCUUUAGUUAGACAGGGUACUUUUACGAAGGAAGAGAGUUGCGUGCCGGCGAAAGACCUUCCAAUAUCCGAUAAAAAGCCCAUUUCCCGAGUCGGGACAGCGACCUCGCCAACUAAAGCUGGGCCCAACACGUCUCCGUCGCGACUUCCGCAGUUCAACCGCGCUCGGCCAUCGUCCUCCACGAGUAAGACAAACAAGCCGGCCACGCAAAACGCAUCCAAACGUCACUCUGAACCCACAAUGAAAAACUCCGCUUCAAACCACAGUCUACAAAGCAACGAUAGCGGCAAAACAAUAGUCCUAGCUCGCGGAUCGCGACAGGGCAGCACUUCUAGCGUAAAUUCAAUAUCGUCUUCCAAAACUAAGGAGGUCGAAAGCAAGAUAGCGAAUCUAUGGAAGAAGGUUGAGCAGACGAAGAAAUUGCCAGCCAAAAGCGAUAAGAGAGUGUGGAUCGAAAGCGAUAAGACUGAAACGCCGAAGCUGAUAAGGAGUUCGACUUUCGAAGGUCAGCCGAAGCAGCAGGUGUCGACCGCGACCAAGCAGAAGUCGGCGAUCGGCAUCCGAGUGUCGCAGAUUCCGAGCUUGAGACCAAAGUCGACGCCGAGCAAGAGUACGAGCCAAAGUAACGUCAAUAAAAAACCAACGAGAGGAUUCCUGAGGAAAGGCAGCGGCCAAGUCACAUCAUGAACACUAAUGAGUGGCCGUAUCGUGACUUCUAGAACACUGUUUUAUUACUUCUACUUAUUGAAUAGAAGUUAGCGGUGCUUCGAUAAAGUUGCAAUGCUACAAAAUGAUUUACUAUGUCGCGAAAGCUGAAGCAUUUUCAGAGACUAUGUGGACCUACAAUUUAGAAAUGCAAUGUCUUCCCAAUGGAAUUUGCAAAGUAAGGUUUUUGCGGCAAGUUGUAAUAAAUUUGACAUCAGAAGAAAAAGAUAUGACAGAAUGGAUUGAGAAAUUUAUCUUGAAAUGUCUUUAUGAGUAACAAAUAAUCAACAGAGAAUUUUGAAUAAAUUACGUUAUAGACGGACGUAAUAGUUUAAUUAUUUUGAUGUUUUAUUGAUUUGAAAUCAAUGUAAUGUUGAUUAUUAAUAAUCUAUAGUAUAUAAUAUUGGUGCAAAUAUUUGUGUGCUAUCAAGUUGACGAAUGGUCGAUGACAUCAUUUUGCAUGACUAUUAUUUACUACAACAACCUUAGAUAUUAUAACAAAAGAAUAUUUGUUUUGUGAACGAUAUCUUAUAUUUUAUUUUUCGUUCUAUUAUUUUUGCGUAUCUGUUGCAUUUAUUUAACUUGGGGGACGAAAUUAUACUAUUGUCUUAAUAUUAAAAUAAAUAAAUAAUCAGUAUGAUAUGUAGUUUAAGAUUAUUGAUUAUAAAACGUCACAAUUUUGUAUACUGAACAUAAUGAGCAUAAUAAACCUGUAUUUUUUUUCCAAAAAUUAAUGGAUUUAUGGUUCGAAAACAUGAGCUUUUCGUCCAUAUUAUUCUCUGCGAUAUUCCGUAAUAAGAUUCAAACGUUUGUAAAUAUUAAGCUCCUACUGUUAAGGUUACCAUACACACAUAUUUGUAUAUUUUUCAUACAUCGUUUAAUAUUCGUAAUGUCGCUUAUAGUAUAGAUCGCGUCAUAUAAAAAGAACGAUACUACUUGCUCAGCGGACCAAUUCGCGUUAUGGUCUGUUUAAAAUAAAUUAUCUAAAAAAAAAUAUCUGUAUGUAAUAUGAUAUUAUGUAGUUUUUAAUAAAUAUUAUUUGGCGUCAUAAAUUAUAAAAUUUUCGCCUUUGUGAUUAACUGCGAAUAAUUCGUAUACUUAUGAGAUAAAAUUAUCCUUCUCAAUGCAAUAAUAUCAUUAAUGAAAUAUUUGUUCAAAGUGGCCGUUGCGCAAGUCGACUGUCAUUGCUCUUUUUGUUUGAUGCGAUCUGUACCUAGUAAUAAAAUAAAAGCAAUGUCACACAGCUUUGGAGUAAAAAUAUUGACAUAGUGUGGUAUGUCGUAAUUUUUUACGUCUAGUCAGUUUGAAUGUUAGAUAUAAUCAACAAGGUAGUGGAUUUGGCUUACUAUGAGUUUUUAGCGCGGAACGAUAGCUAAAGAAUAUUAUUAUAUUAAUAGUAAUACAAGAUAAUACAGCGUAAAUUGUUACAUUGCUCCAAUAUGAACUGGCUUUUCGAAAUUGUAUUAUGUAGGGUUUUAUUUCAUCUAACUGCAAUAAUCUUUGGACCUAUAGUGUAAGGUUAUUUUAUAACUGUUUCUUUUUGCUCGAUAUUAAAGGAGACAUCUGUCAAGUUGACACUUGAAUAUCAAAUCAAAUUGACAGUACAUAUCUGACAAUUAAUUUAUCUAUGGCUACGACAGAUUAAAAUCGUCUUACUCUGUUUAUUCAUUAAGUUCAUUGAAAUUACUACUAAAUUGUACAUUUACUAACAAUUUGGUAGUUAUGGUGACAAAAAACAUGUCUCUAUACAGUUUUUCAUUUUCGAAGCAUUUGCGUUUGUAGAAAGACAAUCCACAUGGCUACAGGCCCAGGUUAGUGACAAUGUAUCGCUAUAAUGUGUCUACAUAAAUAUCAUUUGGAUUUUUCAAAAAUCUGUCUGUGUACCGGUCAAAAUUGUCAAUUGAAAGAGAAGUAAUGUCAGACUGAUAUGAACAGAGUAUAUUGCUGCAAUUUAUAUAUAUUUCUGGAGGGUUUUUUUUAUUUGUAAGGAUUUUUCGUCUAUUUUUACCAUUAUUCAUGAUGUCGCAAAUAUUUUAUUACUUAAAGGAAUAUACUUCACUUUUAAAUAACAAAGUGAUAUUUUAUGUGAACUAAGCGCAUUUUUUUUCUUUUACACCUUAAAAUAAGUGUGAAAUCUGUAUUUUUGUUAUCCUCCGAUAAUUUAUUGUUAACUUGGUACUGCUUGAAAUACAAAUGUAAAACAAGGUUCUUUGCCUGAAAAUGUGCUUAAGUUUAAUUCAAUAAAUAAAGUCUCACGUUCUUAAGGGAAAAAGCUAAUUUAGCUUUUAGUUCAAACAUUUGAAAACUGAUUUCAAUUGAAAUAUUGUAUUGAUGAUGUUUUCUAUAAUGUUCUACUUAGUGUCUCAACUCAACGAACUCUAGUACCUACUCUAUAGAUUUAUUUAUGUGUUGCACUAAAUUGGGGAUACGUUUGCUACUUUGACAGAUGGUAGAAUUUUUCUACAAAAUGUAUUUUUACCGUUGGCUGUCAAGUUAGAUUGAUAACGUAUCCUGGUUUACAGUAAGAAGUUACAAUAGCUCCUAUUAAGCGUUAUUCCGUUCGUUUAGCGCCAUUAUGUCCUAGUGGUUUAAGUAUGAAUAGUUUUUUUGGUUGUAUUACCUAUGAUAGUGGUAGUUCUGACAAGCCAGUUUUUAGCUAAACGAUUACCUACAUUAUUAGUUUGUAAGGUGCGUAAUUUGAUGGUAAUAAAUGGAAUUUACCGGAACAA